GACUUCAACAAAAAAAAACACGUGGCAAGUGUCGAAGAUGGGUAACACUCAGCCGACCGGUUCUGGGCUUUCAGAAGAAGCGAAGGAAAUUGGCCACACAGUGGGGUCUUCCUUCAAGGAGAGCAAAAUGCGAAAAGAUGGUUGCUUCUCCUGUUCUGGCAGACCAAAAACUUUUGUGAAGAGCGUCACCAUCACGGAGCGGGCAUAUGCGGGACCAGACUAUACCAGUGGCCAGACUCUCUCCACAACAGUUGGCAUCGAGCAUGAGAAGGAUUCGCGUUUCAGCCACGUUUGGUACCGCACCCAAGCUCAGUACUUUGGCUGCUGCUGGAUCUGAUGGUUCUGCCUGUUUCACACUCCGAAACAUGGGAAACACGGCAAUUGAUCGUUCGUUUGAUCGUUUUAUCGUUCGAUUUAUCGUUCGAUGGAUCGUUUUUGAAAAGUUGUGACA